AACAACGUCAUCGUAUGUGCGAUACAUUCGUAUUUGCAAGAUUACGAGUAUUUUUGCACAUGUGUUCGCGUGUUACUCAAUUCAAACUUUUUUUUUUACAAACCUUCAACAGAUAUAACUGAUUUCUACGGCACUAGAAAGACUAAAUUAUCCUGCCUAACCGACACGCGCAGAGAUUCUAGCGGUUUCAUUUGGUAACAUCGUGAUUCUGAUUGAGAUCCAAUUCUCCAGAUUUCCUUCUAACUUACAUACUAGGACACAACGAGCAAUGUCAACGGCAGAUAAGACAGAUGCAGAACCCGAAGGCUCGAGGGAGCAGAAAAGCACAGUAGAUAAUCAAAUGAAAAAAGCAUCACAUGAUGACGAUGAAGGAGUACAAGAAGCUGGAGAAGGAAGAAGUGAAAUAUCCAGUAUUGGAGAAAAUGUUGCGGAUUCACAAGUUUACACAGCCACAUCAUUGUCUGGCAUUCCCAAAGAGAACAAAACCAAAACUCACCCACUGGUCCUUGACUGGGCUUAUGGGAUCAACCAAACACUACCUGUUCUCAGCCUGCAGGAUGAAGAUAGGCUUGUCAUCUUGUAUGUUUGUGCUCAUGUUGCUGUCAUGUAUGAUCACACUUCAAAUGCUCAGCAUCUGUUACAAGGCCACUGCAGUCCAAUCACCUGUUUGUGUGCCAGUGAAGACAGGCGUUGGCUUGUGACAGCGGACAUGAGCCAAGAGAGUCUUGUUAUUAUAUGGGAUGCUUAUACAGGGAUUCCUGUGCGGACUUUGUUUGACUGUCAUCCAGAGGGUGGAGUUUCUGCCUUGGCACUAUCAAAGGAUUCAAAAUAUCUGGCGACUGUUGGAGCUGGAGCAGUACAGCGAGUGUGUAUUUGGGACUGGACAGAUGAAAGCGACAGCCCACAAUGUCAAGUUGACCUCAGCCCAAAAUAUGGUUGCCAGAACCAAAUACUUUUUAAUCCCACUGACAGCACACAGUUGGUUAGCAACAGUAGCACUCAGGUUCUCUUCUACAGCUGGGAAAAGGAACAUCUGGGAUACUCUGCUCCUGAAAUUACUGACAAGACCUUCAAUAUGGUGCUAGGUUCCCUGAGCCAGUCCAUCUUCCACUAUGACAGUAUGCAGGCUCUUACAGCCACUUCAGCUGGGAAUAUAGUUCUCUGGGACAAGCAGACUGAGUCUGUCUCUUCUCAGCCCAUAGUGAGGAAAGCCAUGAAAAUUGUCUUUCUCCAGAAGGAAGCUAUCACCGUAUUGACUUUGAUUGACAGUUUCAUCGUUACAGGUGACGUGAGUGGCCAAAUCAAAUUCUAUGAUGGAAAUCUCAAGCUCAUCAACUUUUACAAUGAGUUUAGCUUGGAUCCCAUCAGAUCCAUCUCCUUUUCCAAAGAAAAGCCUUCCACUAGCAGCCUGGGAUAUCCAAAAGACUGCACACUGGAUACCAAACCAUUUGUCAUAAGGUGAAAAAUU